AUGCUGCAGCAGCGCUCCGCGCUGCACUUGGCGCUGCUGCUGCUGCUGCUGCAGCAGCAGCAGCAGCAGCAGCCCGCGCCCCUGCCAGCAGCAGCAGCAGCAGCAGCAGCAGCAGCAGCAGCAGACCGCCCGCUGCAGCUAGAAGACCUGCUGCACAACACUCCCUGGCAAAUGGGAAGUUAUGCUUUAGAAGACAUCACAACAGACUCCAACUUGACAUUAUGGCAAAGAACUUAUUCUUCAUUAAAUGCGUUUCGUUUGGGCAAUUUGCUGGACGACCAUAUCAUAGAACUGUACUUGACAGCUCUCCAGGAGCGGAUUACAGCUGAGAACGCGUAA